UGGUUACAACUUAAUAAGAUUAACUAAUCCCAUCAAAAAAUUAUCUUAUAAAUACAGGAAAUGUGAGAUGGAAGAUCAUAAACAAAAUGAAGAUUGCGUUACUUUUUUUAACAGCUCUUUUGUUGCUUCAAUCGAGAAGCUACUCAAAAAAAAUAUCAGGCCGCAUCAUUGGGGGCCAACCCGCCUAUGCUGGCGAAUUUCCUUUUGCUGCAGCAAUUUACAUAACGACUGCUGAUGGUAGAUAUUUCUGUUCGGGGUCAUUAAUCGGUCCACAGUGGAUUUUAACAGCUGCUCAAUGUGCAAAUGGCGCGAUUUCGUUCAAUAUUGAAUUAGGAUCAAAUCUUUUAGAAGGAGAAGAUGCAAAUCGGGUGACUGUAGCAACUUCUGAGUAUGUAAUACAUCCAGAUUUCAAUCCACUCACACUUGAAAAUGACAUUGCACUUAUCAAACUUCGAUUGCCUAUUACCUACACGACAUAUGUGCAGAGGGUUUUUAUGGCUUAUGGUAAUCUGAGUGACUACACUGACCUAAAAGCAAUAGGGUGGGGUCAAACCAGUGAUGCUAAUAGUAACUUGUCAAAUGAGUUGAACUUUGUGAGUGUUGCUGCUGUUCCCAAUUUGGAAUGUCAAACCAUUUAUGGACCACAAAUCAAUGAUAAUAUGGUUUGUGUCGCUGGCGAAUACAACGAAGGGGCUUGUAAUGGCGAUAGUGGUAGUGCUUUAGUACAUUACGAUUAUGCCAGUAGGACUAUUCGACAUGUUGGAAUAGCAAGUUUUUUGAGUGCAAAUGGAUGUGAAAGCACUGAUCCCUCAGGAUAUACAAGGACAUAUAGCUACAAGCAGUGGAUAACAAAUGUUACCGGAAUUAUUUCAUAAAGUUAAAAUAAAUUUGUGAAAAAUA